AUGAAGACCCGAAAAUUGUGCAUAAACGAAUGUAUCCCUUAUGUACAAAAGUACGAGUGGGGUGAGGGUAAAGAUGGGAUGGUUUACGACGUUAUGAAGAAUAUAGUGAAGGAGAAUUACCAUUUGGUGAAAAAGGACAUCAAUAAGGUGGAAUACAUAAAGGAGUAUAUACCGAAUAGUAAAGAGGAUAAGAAGAAAAAGAAGAAACAGGCGGCUGCAGCUGCAGCGGCGAAGGACAAGGGGAAACGUGCAAAGAAUUGCACGGAGAAUGUCUCACCAGAGGAUAAGAGCAAGCAAAACCAAGAGAACAGCAGCAACGGUAAGGAUGAAGUCAAAACAAAUGAUGAAUCGGAGCCAAAGUAUGCAGAGCUCUGGAUCGGAAAUCACGAAAAGGGUCCUAACUUAGUACUGUACAAAAAUAAUUUUAUAAAAAUUGAAAAUUUUUUACAAAUAUAUGAAGCAAAGAACAAGAAAAAAGGGAAAAUUGGAAAAUAUUUUUUCAAAAAAAAGGAAAAUACGAAAAAUAAGAAUAACAAUAAACAGAAUUCAACCAAGUCGGAAGAUGUGAACACGAAUCGAAGCACAGAAGCUGAUGUGAAGAGAUAUUCUGAAAUUGAAUUUUCCUCAUUGAACAAUUAUUCCAUGUACGAAAAGUACGAUAUUGUAAAGGAAGACAUUGAUAAGAACACGCUCUUUCCCUAUCUGUUUAAGCUGUUGUCCAUUUCAAAGCCCCUGAGCAUACAGAUUCACCCGAACGAAAUGCAGACCCUUUACCUGAAUACACUGAACCCAAAUCUGUACAAGGACAAAGUAUUCAAAACGGAGAUGUGCGUUUGUAUUAAUUCCAUGAGUUUGUUGUGCGGCUUUAUGAAUGUGUUUAAAAUAGCUUUUUUGGUGACGAGUGUGCGGGAGCUCCACGAUUUUUACCUGAAGCGGGAUAAUCCGAAUGGAGGGAACAGCCCAAAUGGAAGUGUUAGCUGCAUUGGGGAAGCAGGGAAGGACAGCCCAGCGGGAGAACAGCAAAGAGACAUUUUUCAUCUGUUCGAUCUGUUCCACACAAAAAAGGAUAAGCACGUGAUGGAGCUCAUGAAAAUGUUGGCGCGCAUUUACAUUUACAUAAUUGUGUACUCUCUGAAGAGAGGAGGCAGGCAGACCUAUGACGUCCUGUCGGUGAUUGACAACUACGCGGAGUGCAUUCAGAAGUAUGUGUUCGAUGAAGGGUUCUUUGAAGGGUUCUACAAGAAUGAUAAAUUUUUGGAGCAAAAUGUAAACUUGGGAAAUUUGAUUAAGGUGGAGAAGGAGAAGCUGCAAAACAGCGGCGAUGGUAGGAGGGGUGCAUCGGGGAUAAGCGGUUCGGAUGAUGAGGAUGACGAGGAGGAAGUGGUGGAGGAGCAGGUGGACGUCAAAGGAGGGGGGGUAGUAGAUGGGGGCAGUAAAGCGGAGUUGCAGGGGGGAAAGGGCAAGGAUUCAGUUUCUGCAUCUGGGGAGGACCCGGAGAAGAAGCGUGCCGUGGAGACAGCAAAUAACCCGAACCCCCAAACCGCGAAUAGAAAGGGGAAGAAGAAAAACAAGGGAGUGCCACAGGGUGCAACAGAGUCGGAAGGCGGAUCGGAGGGUGACACGAAGCGUGACGCAAAGGGUGACGUUAAGGGUGACGUUAAGGGUGAGGUGAAGGAUGAGGUGAAGGGCGAAGUUAAGGGCGAAGUUAAGGGCGAAGUUAAGGCUGAGGUUAAGGGUGACGCUCACGUUUGCUCAGACAAGAAGCAGGAGUUACAAUGCGCAGCCCAGCUAGGAAGCAGAAAAAAAAUAAAAGCCUUCUAUGAACACAUUUUCAAGUACCUGACAUACCGAACCAUGUUAGUUGAAAGCGACGUAUUGAACAAGUGUGUUAAUGACAUCGAAACGAAAAAUGAAAAAUACAAGUCCUAUUUGAAGGAAAAGGAAUUAUUAAAAAAAAGCCCAGAAGAAAUUUAUACAGAUGUGUGUAAGAAGAAAAACUACCAAGAUGUUCAGUCAGAAACGGAAAGUUUUAUAAUUAAUAACAUUUUUGAAAUUUUUUAUAACGUGUCUAAAUUUCACCCAAAUGAUGGAGGAAGAAUAUUUGUGUUUAUUCUGCAACAACUAAAUUUGAAGGAUGGAGAUGUGGUGUAUAUUAAGCCAGGAGUUAUUCACUCGUACAUUUCUGGCCACUGCUUGGAGUGCAUGACUAACUCGGACCUGGUGAUUCGAGGAGGACUUACGAACAAGGAGAUAGACAAAGUAAAUUUUAUAAAGUAUGUAAAUUAUAAAAGGAAUUUCCCUAUAAUCCUUGAAAAGGAAUUUAUAAACUACAAUAUAAUAUCUUAUAGCUACUACAAGAUGAAGCAUUUUCGAAUAUUAUUUUUAACUGUUCGACCAGGAGAGAGCGUGACUUUCUUAUUUUCUGAUGUGAGCUUUACGUCAUGCAUUGUUUUGUCUAGCAAUCGCACUGUUAAAAUUAAGGGCAGGAAGAAUGAUAAGAAAAAGGCUAGCAUUAAGGGCGUGAAGAAGGGUACUGUUUUUUUCAUUGCUCCUAGUAUCCACGUGACGUUGGCCAAUUCUUACGCAUCGGAGGCGGACGGCGAUAAGGAGCUUGUUCUGUACUGCGCCACUUCUUGA